AUGUCCGACCCUGUCAAGCCGUAUCUGCCAGCCAUUGGUCGCUUUCUGAUCGUUGUCACCUUCAUUGAGGACAGUCUACGCAUGAUUACCCAAUGGAACGAUCAGCUCCUGUACCUUCGUGAUUACCGGAAGAUUCCCUGGGGAAUCACGCAUACCUUCCUUAUCGUCAACAUGAUCGCAAUGGCGGCUUGCUCGUUCAUGGUCAUUGCUCGUAGACACACGGAGUACGCCGUUGGCGGUCUCUUGGCUGUCGUCAUCGUUCAGGGUCUCGGUUACGGAUUGAUCUUCGACCUCAACUUCUUCCUCCGCAACCUGAGUGUUGUCGGUGGCUUGCUCAUGGUUCUCUCUGACUCGUGGGUGCGCAAGAAGUUCGUCCCCGCCGGUCUUCCCCAGCUCGAUGAGAAGGACCGCAAGAUGUACGUCCAGUUCGCUGGUCGUGUGCUGCUGAUCUUCCUCUUCAUCGGAUUCGUCUUCUCCGGCCAGUGGAGUCUCUGGCGCAUUAUUGUCAGCCUGUUCGGCUUCGUCGCGUGUGUCAUGGUCAUUGUUGGAUUCAAGGCCAAGUGGAGUGCGAUCAUGCUGGUUGUGUUGUUGAGUGUGUUCAACGUCCUGGUCAACAACUUCUGGACUCUUCACCCCCACCACCCUCACAAGGACUUCGCCAAGUACGACUUCUUCCAGAUCCUGUCCAUUGUCGGAGGUCUUCUCCUCCUGGUCAACAUGGGUCCCGGCCAAUUGAGUAUGGACGAGAAGAAGAAGGUCUACUAA